AUGGCGGCUUCUUCUAACGCUAUGUGUUCCAUAUUUGAAGUUAUUGUGUCGCCGGCAUCAGGUGACUUGGCCCCCGAUGCAAGUGUCGUAGUUUUGAUAGGAGGAGACACUUCUGGUUGCCGUGGAGGUAAAGGUACUUCUGUAGUAGGCGUUGGACUUGUUGGAUAUAAUGCGUCAAAGGGUUCUAGAAUCGUUUCAUCCAGACGAUAUCGUUUUCAGCUGAAGGUGCCCAUAAGAUUUUGGCUCCUACCUGGUCACCGCGCAGUCAACCCAGCAUGGGCGCUAGUGUGGACGCAUACUGGUGAUGAUGGAAAGGAAGUGAACGAGAGUAUUGUAACCUCCAUCCACGGAAGCCAGGUGGACGAAAAACAUCUCAAUGCUUUCCUCGAAUCUGAGCCCCUUACAGAGAAACUGGCUCUGAUGCACGGCUUGAAAGAAAGCGGGCUAAUCGGAGUUCAAAUUGCCUUCGGGGCCAAGAGUGGGUUGGCGCUGUAUCGGAGGAUACAGCCAAAGUACUGGUUGGCGAACCAUGAUGCCCUAUUUACAUACAACGGUCUCUUAUAUAAGAGCGUGCAGCUUAACGAUGUUGGGCGAACGGUAGAUUGGGCCUUGGAGCAGGAGCAGAAAGUUAGCGGAGUGUAUUCGAAGGCAAUGAAGCCCAACUUUAUAAAAGCGGCUAAUGGAGAAUGUUUUGUAUUAGUAUAG